UCGUUGCAAGACUUGAGUGGUCGUAAACCUAAACAUCCAGCUGAACCAAGACUUUUUCUUUCUUGAGGAAUGGGGGAGGGAGUGAUUUGUAAUCGCCUGCUAAGUAAACUUUACGUGUAUGUCGCAUUGUUCAUUGAACUUCCUCAGCAGACAUUUUUAUUCAAGGCUUAAUCACGGAGGAAAAGGACUGAUUUCUAUUCAAACUACAUCUCAAUCACCUCAUCGACAUCUCAAGCCGGUAGAGAAGCAUCUUGAUUUUCCAAUCCCUCUAACGUGAAAGUUGUAAGUAUCACACAACUUCGCUUUCUAUUUCAGUUUUAAAGGGUGCCAAAUUUUCGUGCGUACGGGUGCAGUUAGCAACAGAGAAACGAUUUAUUGCCCUUCCUUCUUAAAUCAUUGCGUAAUCAGUGUCGCGAACAUCGUGCCCUUUAUGGCGAUCAUUUCUAAACGAAUUUUAGAGUAAAUUCGAGUAGAGGUGUAGCAUAAAUAAUUUUUAUGCGAGUGAAACAAGUUUAGUCGGAGCGAUAUUGUUUAUAUACCCAACGUGUCAUCUGGUCAUGUUAAACAUCAUCAACCCCUUCCUUCGAAAAGAGAAACGCGCGACCGUUGGGUAACAGCAGGGAAUCGAAAAUAACUACUGUUUCAUUCUAACUUCAUUCAAAAACUUGAUAUUUCUCCGUUUUUUUUCAGACUUCUGUGAAAGGACGAGCUGUAUUUAAUAAAAUUGACCGAACUCACGGAAGACCUACGUCAUAGCUUCCAGUAGAAGACUUAAGUCACCCUAUAUACACGUACAUAUUGUUUUCAUUCCCAACGUCAGAGCACCUGCCAUCGCACUUUGAUCGACGAUAUUUAGUGAAGCGAAAUUUGUCAGUUUUAUUUGUUGAGGGAAUAUAUUUCCCUCGCCGGCGCCAUUAAAGUUCAUUGCGCCUCGGGGAUCAGACAGUGGAAACAAUUAUUCAGCUCUGUUGUUGAUAUAAAAACCCUGCAGGCCAUUUAAUAAGUAUUGGCUGACAUUGAAUGACUCACUGGCAGGUGAACUAAACAUGUUGACGGAAAAUAUAUUUUGAUUGUCCUGGUCCUCUAAGAUGAACAAGCUCGUUUUUCGACGGUGAUUGGAUCUUAAGCUAUGACCAAGGAUCUUUAGUUAAUUUCAUCAUCUUCAGGGUCAAUCUAGACUGAACUGCUGAGCAGUCAUGAAUGGUUCGCUUACGAACGUGUUUGAAAACGUAAGUGGAAAUAUUUCAUUCAUUUCCCCAGAAGUACGCCUGUACAGACAAGUAGAACUCGCUCUUGCCGUCAUAUUGUGCAUCUUGUCGCCUAUAACAGUUAUAUCCAACGCCCUUCUUCUCACAGCGAUCUACAAAGAUCCUCUGCGGUGUUUUCGCACACCGAUGACAUUUUUCAUCGUGGGUCUCGCCAUAUCCGACCUGCUCGUGGGAUUGACCGUCGAGCCAUUUUUUGCAAUUUUUUACGUAGUUGGUUUUUCCAACUUCAACGCAAGGCCUGGUGCAGUUUAUGAGCUAAUUCAAAGGAUUGGCGGAAUCAUUUCUACUAUAGCAAUCAGCGUGUCAUUUUUCGUGGUUCUCGCCCUGUCUGUUUGUCAAUAUGUAGCGGUCACAUACCCACACAAAUUCAAGGCCGUAGUGUCCAAAAAUCGAGUUCUCUGCUCUCUUGCUGUGAGCAGUGUUUACAUCACGGGCUUUUGCAUGCUGCAGUUUACGGGAAUAGAGCUGAACACAUUUUUAUUAAUAGACCUUGUCAUGCACCCUACUUUGUUUUCUAUUGUCUUAAUCGUUGUUCAGGUACUACUCUAUACAUCCUUUAACCGCCAUCUCAAACGAAAAUACACUCUCCGCAGAGCGGCCUCUGUGAACCAGUCUCUCAAAAGAGCAAAUUCUUACAAGAAAAGACACAACGAACGCCAGUUUACCAUCAUGACAUUUUAUCUUACAGCCAUCUUGUUAGUUUCGGCUUCGCUGCACAAUAUUGCUCUCUACAUUUAUCUUUUUAAGAAACCAAAAAACUUGGUUGAAAAAGUCAAUAUCCAUAUUUGUCUACGAGUCAGUGAUCUAGCGCUUUUCAUCAAAGUCGCCCUGGACAUUUUUAUUUAUGCAUGGAGGCUUCCCUCGUACAGGAGAGCUCUUAAGUGUACUUUAUUUGGACGUCAGCGAGUGACGCGUGGCUCGUCUACGACUCUUCGUAAAACAAGCGAUGCUCCUACUGUGAUGGAAAAUGGCCAGAAGGAGACUGGGACAGAAAAUUCAACAAUGCUGCAGCCGCUGGUAGCUUGUACAUAAUUUUCCAAUUCAAGGAUGAAAGAACUGUGCUAACAAUUUGCAUUUCUGAUUGAGCCCUUAAGGCAUUGUGUUUACUGAGAUAAAUAUUCCUUUCAGACAAGUCUUAACAAGGAAACUGAGCUAUUGUGAAUAUCUGUGAAUUUUCAGAUUGUUCCUGUGGCUAAGUUUGAAAACCAGUUGUUAGGGGAACGCCCACAAAGGUUUGCUUAUAGCUAUAUUAAAAAAAAACGAUUUUAAAAGCGAAAGGC